UCGGUAGAAGGAGCCCCCCUAGUCAGACUUGGUUAGUUGCUUGCUAAUUACCUUUGGCUUGGAUACAAGGGUAUUCAGGGCGGGAUCCCGUGAGUCACUUCCUGUGCUUGUUGGGCCCCUAUUCUUCCCUCUGUUCUGCCAGAGCCGUCAGACUCAAGCCUGCCUCUCCUGCAGAGUGUAUGUCAGAAGAACUCCAACCACUUCCCAAGCAGGGAAAAGCAAGAUAAAGCUUUUCAGCACAGUGUGCCUUUGAAGUAUUUAUGUUAAAGCAGCGCUUUAAUCAGUGACCUGAGUUCAUUGAAAAUACAGUUGAAUACAGUUCACCUUUCUGCAUUUCACCCAAGUGCCAAUUACUAUUGGUGCACGGCUAGAGAAUGGUCACCCGGUAUUUGAUCAUGGAGUGAAUGGAUAUUAGAACCAAACUAGGACACGACCUUUGCUGAUUAUUUUUUCCUUUGACUACCGAGCAACAGCUGUCCAUAGAAGAUGAGUGAGCGCUUUGACUGCGACAACUGCAAAGAAUCUCUAUACGGCAGGAAAUACAUCCUCUCUGAAGACAGCCCUUACUGUAUCCCUUGCUAUGACACCCUGUUUGCAAAUACAUGUGAUGAAUGCAAAGAGCUGAUUGGACAUGAAGCUCGGGAGCUGUUCUACGAAGACCGCCACUACCAUGAGCAUUGCUUCAGGUGUUAUCGCUGUGACAGAUCUCUGGCAGAUGAGCCUUUUACAUGUCAGGAAGAAGAGCUGUUGUGCAAUGAUUGCUACUGCAGUGAAUUCUCCUCAAAAUGUAUUGCUUGUGACAAGGUCGUCAUGCCUGGUACCCGUAAGCUUGAAUACAAUGGCAGCACUUGGCAUGAAGGAUGCUUUAUUUGUCACACCUGCGAGCAGCCAAUUGGAUCCAAGGCCUUUGUUCCUGAUAAGAGUGAGAUUUACUGUGUGCCUUGCUAUGAGAACCACUUUGCUCCACGCUGUUUCCGCUGCAAGAAGGCCUUGACCAAAGGAGGUGUUACUUAUCAUGAUGAACCUUACCACAAAGAAUGCUUUGUCUGCAAUGGGUGCAAGACUCAGCUGGCUGGCCAGCAAUUCACCUCCCGGGAGGACUCUCCGUACUGCCUCAAGUGUUUUGGAAACCUGUAUGCCAAGAAGUGUGCAGCCUGUGCCAAGCCCAUCACAGGUUUCGGAGGUGGCAAAUACAUUUCCUUUGAAGAUCGCCAGUGGCAUCAGAGUUGCUUCACCUGCUCGCGAUGUUCAGCUUCGCUGGUGGGGAAAGGAUUUUUCCCCGAGAAGGAUGACAUUCUUUGUCGUGAAUGUAACAGUGACUUAUGAAUUGACCACUGACACCAGUUCCACUCUUCAUGUAUUUUUCUACUCUCAAAUUGCACCAGUGCAGCUUUAAGCCAUUUAAAGCACAAUUUGUGUCUCUGAAAAAGCCUGUCCUCUCACACUUUUCUAAUGACAUUUUGUACAUGUCUCAACUUGUACAAUAAAGAUUUAAUAGAUUA